AUGGGAGCCAAAACAUCAAAACUAUCGAAGGAUGACUUAACAAGCUUAAAACAAUCCACAUAUUUUGACCGUCGUGAAAUACAACAAUGGCACAAGGGGUUCCUAAGAGAUUGCCCCCAGGGACACUUAACUAGAGACGAUUUCGUCAAAAUAUAUAAACAAUUCUUCCCCUUUGGAUCCCCCGAUGAUUUUGCUAAUCACCUCUUUAGUGUUUUUGAUAAAGACGAUAACGGAUUUAUAGAUUUUAAAGAAUUCAUUACUGUACUAAGUACUACCUCCAGGGGUACGCUGGAGGAAAAAUUGGUUUGGGCUUUCCAAUUGUAUGAUUUGAAUCACGAUGGGUAUAUCACCUACGAUGAAAUGUUGACUGUCGUCUCAAGUGUAUACAAAAUGAUGGGUUCUAUGGUUAAAUUGAAUGAUGACGAAGCUACUCCGCAAUUGAGAGUAGAUAAAAUCUUUAGCUUAAUGGAUAAAGAUCAAGAUGGGUACAUUACUUUGGAUGAAUUUAGAGAGGGGUCCAGAGUGGAUCCUUCUAUAAUUAGUGCAUUGAACUUAUACGAAGGUUUGGUGUAG